AUGAGUAACACUAUACUGAUUGUUGGUAUUCUUUUUUUUGUGACGUGCACCACAGCCGACUAUGGGAGCGAUGGUUUGGAUUUCAGAGGUUUUCUGCCUAGCUCCGGAUAUCAACGAACCGAGGAUCAGUUAGCAGAACCUUCAGCAAGAGUCGAGAAGAGUAGAGAUGAUAGGGACAGCUCGCCGGAGAGAACGCAGAGGUUUGGGAUAUCAGCAUAUGGAAGUACUGGUACGCAGGGUGGUUAUGGUGGUUCAGCCCCUGGACUAUAUGGACCUGUAAAAAUUGACUUGGGUGGAGUUUUAGUAGGAACUAUAUUAGGGUUUGGCGCUGUAAUCAUCUUGCCCAAGAUAAUAAAUGCAUUAUCCUAUGGAUACGGAGGAGGUUAUGGGCGAAGCGUUGAAACAGAUGUUGGACAACUAACAGAUAUGUUAAAUAAGUUGGACGAUACUCUCAGCAGAUACAACAUAGAUUCCUCUGCCUGCACACAGCGUUUGGCCUGCUCUUACGUACAGCUUGCAAAUGAAAACAUGAUCACUGGUAACGCGACCGAUUUCGAUGCGCUGCUCUCUUCGUUGUCCAACAAUUCCCUGGUACGUCGCAUGUUGGACGGUACAUCAAUUUUCGAGGCCAUUUCAGCUGGAAAGUCCGUCGACAGCGACUGCCACGCACUCUACCCGAAGUGCAAGCUGGACAAGAAGACGGUGGUAAAAAUACUGACGCAACUCGUACCGUAA